UUAUGUAUUUCAUAUAUUGUACAACAAGCUAACUAUUUUGUACUCAAGUAAUUUUUCCUGUACUUAGAGUUCAUGCAAUAGCACAAAUGAAGAGAAAAAUGUUAGCUGCUGUCUCUCCCUAUCUGACUCACACCUCUAGUCCAUCAAUAUUUUCACAUUCUUGCUGCAGCAGUUACAAAGAACAGUACAGAGAUGUAGCAGUCUUGUCACAUACACUAACUUCAACAAAAGAGCAAAUCUCCAAUUUAAAGAUUAUACUGAACUCUAGUACAAACCAAAAAUGAUAAGAAAUAUUCUUUCACUAUAUUUGCUAGACAUGCUACUGUUCUCUGUUGUGUCUUUAGACAUUACCUACCAUAUCAAUGAAGAAAACAGCCCUCAUGCCUACAUAGGAGAUAUUGCUGCUGAUUCUAAUAUGUCACAUUUUUUUAAACAUCAACAACACAAUCUUGUUACGUUUACACAAUUACAAAGGAAGGUGUCAAGUGGCUCUCAUCUAUUUAAUGUCACCAACUUAGGGAAACUUUACACAACUCAGACACUGGAUGCUGAAUCUUUGUGUACAAUCAACAAAGAAUGUUUCAAAAUUGUUAGGAUAGCAGUUCGGAAAAGAAAAACCUAUGUAAAGAUUUUAAAAGUCAAAGUAAUCAUAAAAGACAUCAAUGAUCAUGGACCUGAGUUUCCAGAAAGUGAAAUAAAUUUGCAAUUUGAUGAAAAUGAUCGGGAAGGAACUAAAAAGCCAAUUCCAAAUGCUAUUGAUAGAGAUAUUACCAUUCAGAAUUCUAGGAUAACUUAUGAACUGAAGGAAAAUAUAGAUGACCCAUUUUCAUUGUCUCUUUCAAAAGACUAUGAUGGGACUUUCAUACCUGAGAUAGUUCUACAAGGUAAGCUGGAUAGAGAAAGAAAGAAACAUUAUAUGUUAAAGCUGAUUGCUAAAGAUAAUGGUAUACCACCAAAUGAAAAUAUUUUACAUUUUCAGAUAUCUGUAACUGACUCUAAUGAUAAUAAACCAUUAUUUUCUCAAAAAGUAUAUAACAUUUCAAUAAAGAAUAAACACCCCAAAUCAAAACCAAUUUUAGUUUUAGAAGCCACAGAUUUAGAUUCAGGGACAAAUGGAAAGAUUGCCUUUAAUUAUAGUCCCAAAACACCAAUUGAAAUAAGAAAAUAUUUUGAUUUGAAAAAGGCAUCUGGAGAAUUGUUUGUAAAUGAGUACUUUAAAAUAGAUACCAAAAACUCUUACAAGCUGUUUGUUGAGGCUAAAGAUGGAGGGAAACCUCCCUUAAGUUCAACAACAGUGAUUUUGAUUUCUAAAGAAAGCAAUCAUAAUAUUGCUCCAAAAAUUGAUAUAGACUUUGUGUUUCCUUUGUCAGAAAGUUCGACUGCUCUUUUAGAAGACAUUAAAGUUAGUAGUUUUAUAGCUUAUGUCAUAAUUACUGACAAUGAUAUUGAAGAAAAUGGACAGAUUGAUUGUAAUUUGGAACAUGAAACCUUUGGAAUAGUUGAAAUGGGUUCACAUGAAUAUAAAAUGACCACAAAAUGUCCUCUUGACAGAGAAACAAAAGAUCGCUAUGAUAUUGUACUUGUUUGCCAGGAUAUGGGAUUUCCACCACUCAAAUCAGAAAAACAAUUUUCUAUUGAAGUACUUGAUGUCAAUGAUGUAGAGCCACAUUUUACCAAAGAGACAUUCCAAUUCCUCACCUAUGAAAACCAGAAAGUUGACUUCCCUAUUGGCUUCAUCAAUGCUACAGACCCUGAUCUUGGAGAUGGAGGCCAACUUACAUAUUCUAUCAUCAAUGAUAACAACAAUGAUAACAUUCCUUUCCAACUGACAAAAUAUGGAUUUUUUUCUACAUCACAAUCAAUAGAUCGAGAAAUGAAAGACAUCUAUAAGUUCAAGGUUUUAGUGAAAGAUAAGGGAACACCUUCACUCAAUGACACUGCCAAUAUUGUUAUCGAGAUUCUAGAUAAAAAUGAUAAUGCUCCAUAUUUUACGUUUCCUAAUAAUGACCCUUACAAUCUAGAUGUCCACUACCAUCCAAACAGUAAAAAGGACAUCACAAUUCUGAAAGCAUCUGACAAAGACACUGGAAACAAUGCUUUCCUCACAUAUGGAAUAUUAAAAUCUAAUGAUAAAAACAUGCUAACGGUAAAUUCUUACACUGGGGUAUUAUCAUUCUCUCGUAUAAUUAAUAUAAAUGAUGCUGGAACGUAUGAGCUACAGUUCAUGGUGAAAGACAGUGGUACUCCAGUUCAAUCAGCAACAACUGUUAUCAUGCUAACACUGCAUGUUAGUAAUGAUACACUUCCAAUGCAAGCUGCAACCCAUCUCUUAUCUGGCACUGACUUAAACAUAAUUUGGGUAAUAAUCAUUGUGGCAGCAGGAGUAAUACUAUCUGUGGGUAUUGUAGUUUGCUUAACAAUGUGUGUUUUCAGAUGUAUUAAUCACAUUAAAAGUUCACCUUCAACUUCAGAUAAUCAUAAAAUCCUGACAGGCUCUAAGAUGAGGCCAAUGCCAUAUGAAACUAACAACCCUAUUGCAUUUACAAGAAAUACAGAAGACACAUAUAACAGAAAUUGUCAGACAAUGAGCUCAAAAAGUCAUUAUUACCCUGAGAUGGAAAAGACUAUCAAUGAAGGCAAAUUUUCAGCAACAGCUAGAAAACUUCCACCAAUUCCACAGUCUAUUGAUCAGCCAAGUAAGGAGUCUUCUGAUGAGCAUGGAGAAACUAUAUCUACUAAGAGUAUCAAUUAUAUGAGUAAUACAUUGCCAUGCCAAUGGCCAUCUGAAAGUACCUGGGAUGAAAGAUAUACAAGAAAUUUCAGUGAUAUUUCUAUUACAUCAGAGUUUGAUGAUUCUAAACCAGAAGUUCCUCCAAAACCAAAUCGUCUACAAAACCAAGAUACAUAUUUAGAGCCAACAUAUCUAACAAAAUAACUUUAUUUGAAUUCUUUGAUGUCAUGAAGAUAUAUCAAUAAAUUAUGAAAUUCCAUACAGAGGAUAGUAUAGCUGAUAUUUUUAAAUGAUACGACAUUUGAUACAUAGGAAUACUCUAUUAGAUUUAUAUAUAUAUUAUCAAAAUUCUGUUAAAAAAACAAUCCUCAUCUUAAGAUGUAACCAAGCACUACAAAAGUUUUAGUUCUUUAUACACUGUAUAAUUGAAGCACCAAGGUAAAAUUAAAAGAAUACAAGUUAUCAAAUGAGACAUUUAUAGCAUCUUCUGCUCUAAAUGUUUUAUAUUCUAUAAAUGGGAAAUCCUUAAAGCCUUUCCAUUUAUAUUUUCAUAUAUUACAUAAUUGAAUGCUUUAGAAAUUAAGAAUAUAGCUCCAAAACAAAUUCAAUUAUUUCCUCUUCUGGGAGAUCAAAACGUUGCAAUUAACAUUCCUAUUUUCCUGCCCUAGUCAAAACUUUUCUCUAAUCUCAGCUAAGUUUCCAGUGUCCAGUAUCACCUUUCUCUUUUCCAUUUGGUUUCUAGUUACAGCAGUGUAUAAUUCACAAAUAAAUUUAAUUCACUGACUGAAAUAUACACUCUCUGAAUGUCCAAGAAUAGGAUGGAAAAUAGAAAUUUGAAUGUCCAAGUACGAUAUAUCACAUUACUUAAUGAAAUAAGCAUUUUGUUUUAUCAAAAGUGAAACAUCUUCAAUAUAUUCCACCCUCUAUAGACAAGGUAAAAAGUACAUCAAGAUAGUUCAAAUAUUUUCAGAACAUUUCUUUCGUUAUAUGACACCGAUUAUCAUUGCUUUUUAAUAAAUUUAAAUAUAAAUAUUCUCGUGAUUGACGAAUGUAUUUUGAUAUAAUAAGAACUAAUUUGAGAUUUUAGUUUUACAUAGAGUUCAAGUUAAAAACUUUCAAUACAUAGUUAUAGGAAAUUCUAUACCACAAAUCGAAAAAGCAAGUUAUAUGGAGUAGAAAAGGCAUUAUUUACAGUCAGCUUCUUUCUACAAUAAUUGAGUAACGAUGAGGAGAAUUCAUAUAGGAAUAAAAACAAUAUAGCGUUUUAAAUCACAUCAGUUCCAAAGGAAAUAACCCAGACGACACCCUCAUAGUUGGUUCAUGGAAUACACAGAAGCUGGAGCAGUCUGUUAGGUAGUUACGCCUGCUAUUGUGUCAAUAGUUACAGUGGACUACCUGUUAAGAGGCUCCUGUUACAAAGAACAUUAGCAACACCCAUAAAUUAAUCAAACAAGGUAAGUUUUUUCAAAAGUACUAUUCAGAAUUAUCUUUCAUAACAAACCAGUAAGCCGAUGAUAAUGGUUUGGUUUUAGAAAUCAAUUUGCUUAAACUGGAAUACUGAAAGUAUUUUUAGAAAUAUAACAUAAUACUUAGAAAACUGUUCAGAUAAGAAACCCUAGAUUUGUUACACAACUUUGAUGCAAGGAGGUUUGGAAAGAAAUACUUUUUUUGAAACUACUCAAAAAAUUCAUAGAAUAUAUUAAAUAACUAGCAAGGUGUUAGUAUAGCAUCCUCAAGGCAUUAGUAUUAGUCAUUGUUUUACGAUGAUAAAUAAAACUUCAAAGAAAAUUGAAACCUGAAGAGCCAAUUGGGUAUGUUUAAAUGCGAGUGAUGUUUUCGCAAUCGAAUAUUUUAAAUUAUAAAGAAAAUAAAGCAAAUUUUAUUAAAUAUAAACACGAUUCUUUUGAAAAUGCUCACAAUUUACUUUCACUUUCCAUCGCUUUCUAUUCAU